AUCAACCUUCUUCUCCCUCUCUCACACUCUGUUUAUCAUCCAUCAUUCAUUCAUUUGGCUUUUUAUUUUAUUUUUAUAUCUCCCAAAAUUGUGAAACUGCAAAUCGUACUACUCCUCCUUCUCUCUUUCUCUCUGUGUAGUCCAUACUAUAUCGAAAAGUUAUGAACUGGUUACCUGAGGAGGAGUUAAAAGGUCUCUCAGACAAUUUCUUCGAUGAUUUCAUCGACCAUAUUGAUUUUCCGCUAGAAGACAUCGAUACCACCAAUGGCGAGGGAGGUGAUUGGGACGCUCAGUUUAAAGAACUCGAGCCUCCUCCCAUGGAUAUGUUUACUAGUUUCCCCUCUGAGUUCAACUCUUGUGCUGCCAUUAAGGCCGGGACUCAGAAGGCCUUGCCUGUUUUGAAACAGUCCGGUUCAUCUGCAGCCUUGUCUGGCAUAAAUAGCACUGUCCAGCAAUCUUCAUCAUCACAUCCUGAGGUCAAAGUCUCUAAGCUGUUUCAGUCUUCAAGCCCAGUGUCAGUUCUUGAGAGCAGCGACGGUUCUUUCUCGCCACAGAACUCCACAUCUCAGAGAUUGUCUUUUCCUGUUAAAGGCGUGAGAAGCAAGCGCAGACGCCCCACUACACUGAGACUUGGAUACAUUUACCCUUUUGAGCCUGAGAAGUUAAUCCCCCCGGGGGAAUCAGAGUCCGAGACUUACUAUUCUUCUUCUGAGCAGCAUGCCAAGAAGAAACGCAAGAUAUCCCCGAGCAGCAGCUACUCAUCAGCGUCAUCGAGUUCUGAGGGAUUAAACUCUGAUGGGAUAGUUUGGAAAUGCACUCACUGUGAGACAACCAAGACUCCUCAGUGGAGGGAAGGGCCCAAUGGGCCAAAGACCCUCUGCAACGCGUGCGGGGUCAGGUUCAGAUCAGGCCGUUUAGUUCCUGAGUAUAGACCAGCGUCAAGCCCGACCUUCAUCCCAUCUGUGCAUUCUAACUCACACAGGAAGAUCAUAGAGAUGAGGAGGAAGGAAGGUGAUCAGUUUGAUGACACACCAGCAUGGUGAUAUCCGGAGCGUAAAGAUAGAGAACAGAGGGAAGUUUUGAGUUGGUCUCUGAAAGUUGAUGAUCCGCAGAUAUGGGAACUCACUCUCUGCAGGAGGAGAAUAGUAUACAAGUAGAGUGUUGUUAGUGACUGUUUUUUUUAAAGAAAUAUCUAAUGAAGAGAGUUUAGAGGUGUAUUAUUGUUACAUAGUAUUUGUUUUAUUAUGUGUCUCUAUCAUAUUAUGCUCCGUUCCA